AUGGCCUCCCUCACCGACUUCUUCUCUGCCUUCGACGCCGCCGCCGCCAAGGAGAAAUUCCCCCCCGCGCUGCAGUCCGCCGCCGCCUCCAUCGACAAGGCCGCCCUGCAGGCUGCCCUGGACGCCGUCCUCGCCGGCGGCGACGACGCCACCGCAGCGGGCAACGACGCCGCCCUGAAAGCCGGAUUCGAGUUCGCGGCGCAACUGGUCAAGAUGCUCGAGAAGGAGCCCGGGACGACGGAGAUGCUGAGUCUGUACAAGUACUUCAAGCAGGCGAGGGGCGAGAAGCCGGCUGAGCCGUCGUUUUAUCAGAUGGAGGCCAAGUACAAGUAUAACGCCUGGAAGGAGGUCAGCCAUAUCAGCGCCCAGAAGGCUCAGGCGCUCUAUAUCAAGCAGGUUAAUGAUUUGAUUAACGAGUACGGUGUCCGUGCGUAG